AUGGAGAAGGGCAGCAUCAGGAAGAGGAAGGAGUCAGCCAAUGGCAGUGUGGCCCCCAGCAUCCACUCCCAUUCCCAGCACACAGAUGAGGAAGUAAAGGGUACAGCACUCCAGAAAGAUGUGGGACUGAUCAGUGGGAUCUGUCUGAUCGUGGGGACGAUGAUUGGCUCGGGGAUCUUCAUCUCUCCGAAGUCUGUGCUGGCCAACACAGGGGCUGUCGGGCCAUGUCUGAUUGUGUGGGCAGCUUGUGGACUCCUAUCCACACUCGGAGCUCUGUGCUAUGCAGAGCUUGGCACCAUGAUUACCAAGUCUGGAGGGGAGUACCCGUACCUGAUGACGGCCUUUGGGCCCCUCAUGGCCUAUCUGUAUUCUUGGACCACCAUCAUGGUCUUAAAGCCUUCCUCCUUCGCCAUCAUCGCCCUCAGUUUCGCCGAAUAUGCUGCCGCACCAUUCUACCCAGGAUGCACCCCUCCAAUGCUUGUUAUAAAGUGUUUGGCUGCAGCUGCUAUCAUACUGAUUGUGCUGGUGAACUGUCUGAGCGUCAAGUUGGCAAGCUACGUGCAAAACUUCUUUACUGCAGCCAAGCUCUUCAUCAUCCUCGUCAUUGCAGUGGCUGGGGCUGUGAUGCUGGCGAAAGGUAACACAGAAAACCUUCAAAAUACAUUUGAUGGAGCAUCUACUUCUUUGGGAGACAUUGGGCUGGCAUUUUAUAAUGGGCUCUGGGCAUAUGAUGGGUGGAAUCAACUGAACUUUAUUACAGAGGAGCUUAAAAAUCCAUACAGAAACCUACCCCUAGCCAUCAUCAUUGGGAUUCCCCUGGUGACUUUCAGCUAUAUCCUUGUCAACGUUGCAUACUUCUCAGUGAUGACUCCCACUGAACUGCUGCAGUCCCCAGCUGUGGCUGUGACUUUUGGUGAUAGAGUACUGCACCCUGUGUCUUGGAUUGUCCCUUUGUUUGUUGUUUUCUCCACUUUUGGUGCUGCUAAUGGAAGCUGCUUCACUGCUGGCAGACUGACCUAUGUUGCAGGUCGGGAGGGUCACAUGGUGAAGGUCUUGUCCUACAUUAGUCUGAAACGCUGCACACCAUCACCUGCCCUCAUUUUUAAUGGGGUCUUGGCUAUCUUUUACAUCCUGCCAGCAGACAUCAAUGCCCUUAUUAACUACUUCAGCUUCGCUCAGUGGCUCUUUUAUGGACUGACAGCUUUAUCUCUCAUUGUCAUGAGAUUCACUAUGAAAGAAAUGACGAGACCUGUCAAGAUUCCCAUAGUAGUUGCAGGCCUUGUGGUCUUGGUGGCUUUCUACUUGGUCCUGGCUCCUAUCAUUGACAAGCCUGAGCUGGAAUAUCUUUACUGCACCAUCUUCAUGGUCAGUGGAUUACUCUUCUACUUCCCCCUGGUUUACUACAAGUUCAGCUGGACACGCAAGAUCAUGCGACCCAUUACCAUGCACCUCCAGUUACUAAUGGAAGUAGUUCCACCAGAAAAUGAAGAAUGA